AUGGAGAGGGGGCCAUUGUGUGUCCUGGGGCUGCUGCUGACUCUGGGAGGCACCUCUGGGCUGGAUGGAGAGUACUGCCAUGGCUGGGCGGAUAGCUCACAGCUCUGGCACAGGGGCUUUCGGUGCCCGGAGCACUAUGACAGCCCAGAGGCCACUCUGUGCUGCGGCAACUGCAAACUGCGCUACUGCUGCUCAACCAGAGAGGCCCGGCUGGACCAAGGCUUGUGUCCUAGUGACCAUCACCAGAUGAGCCCCAAGCCUCCAUCAGUGCCCAUGUACUUACCUUUCCUCCUUGUUGGGUCCAUAUUUGUGGCUUUCGUUGUCAUUGGGGCCUUCAUUGGUACUUGCUGCUGUAGAUGCCUGAAAUACCAGGAUGAAGAGCAGCAACAUGGGCCUGCACCAAUCCAGAGUCGGCUGCUGGAAGCUGCUGCUCCUCCUUGGUUCUCCAGUUCCAACUCCAGUUCAGCCACCAGAUGCUCCUUGGGUAGUCUUCCUCAGACCAAUAACAUCUGCCUGAGCGUGGCUCCACCUUUUCCCAUCAUAGGGUCCUCUCAAGGAGCCCAGUUCUUGCCUCCUACAUCAACCAAUGGACCCCUUUUGCAGCCUGCAUGUACUAAUUACGGAAUACCAACUGAUCAUACUAUCAUAACAACUCCAGCAUCUUUCCUUAAUAGAGCAGUCUAUGGACAAACUUCUUACUAUAAUUUUCCUGUAAGUGCCAUGCAUGGUGACCAAACAAUGUACUCAGGUGUUCAUGUCUAAGAUGACUUGUAAUUGCAGAACUCCAUAUUGUAAAAAUGUAGGGUGCUUUUUGACAAAGUUAACAAACAGGAAGUAAUACAAACUUCUGAAAUCAUUAGCAUGUGUGAAAUGAGAAUCCUGUCUUUAUAUCUAUUGGGAAAAAUAGGUCUCGUUUUAAUUGUUUAACCAGUUAAUUUAGUACGUACUGUACUAC